AUGGUAACCAAAAUAGAAAUAGCCUUCCCACAUUAUACUCCUCAUUCUUUUAACCCUUUUUUCUCAAUACAAACGGCUUUUUUCCCCUCGGGACGAACGGUAACCAAAAUAGAAAUAGCCUUCCCACAUUAUACUCCUCAUUCUUUUAACCCUUUUUUCUCAAUACAAACGACGAACGGUAACCAAAAUAGAAAUAGCCUUCCACAUUAUACUCCUCAUUCUUUUAACCCUUUUUUCUCAAUACAAACGGUAACCGAAAUGGAAAUAGCCUUCUACGAUUCUUAUCUUCAUUCUGAUAAAGCUUUUUCCCCCUUGAGACGAACGAAUUCUUAUUAUUUGAAAAUUCUUUGUCUUUCUGUCUAUUCGCCUUUCUUCGACUGUCUUUCUCCGUCUACUGUUUCGUCAUCAUUUCCAAAUGUUUCCUUUUUAUUUAUCUACUUCCCUUUCUUAUCAUCAUUUGCUUUUGCUUUACUAAGCUUCUUCUUCUUCUUCUUCUUCUUCUUCUUCUUCUUUCUCUCUUUCAUAACGUUCCUCAUUGACACAACUUCUUUUUAUUUCUUCUUCUUUCUUUAUAACCUUCCUCAUUGA